AUGUCCGUGUCUGGGCAAUCCGAGUCUACUCGCGACGUGCGAGCUAUAGCUGUGGAGCAGUUUCACAAGACGAAGCUGUGUCCGCACAUGAACAAGCGGGAGGGGUGCCUAAGAAGCAUGCGCUCUCAAUGCCCGUACGCUCACAGCGUCGACGAGCUGAAGGAGCCUCCAAACUUGAUAAAGACCGCAAUGUGCAAGCUUCACCUCAGGAGUAUCUGUGAUAAAACCAGCGAAGAGUGCCCCUAUGCGCAUUCCUACGAUGAGCUGCGCCACACCGACGGCUUCUACAAGACGUUUAUUUGCAAGUUCUGGGAAAAAGGAUACUGCAAGGCGGGCUCGUUGUGCCGUUACGCGCACGGAGAGCAUGAGCUGCGACGUGUUUCUGCAGACGUCGUCCACUUGCGGUCAAAAGACAUUGAUGCCAUAGAGCGCACGGCAUCCCAAGUUACGUCGGCAGAGGAGGACGUUAUUGCGCAUGUGGAUACCACCGAGCGAAAUAGCACGGCACCUACCAGCGAGUCUGCGUACAGUUUCAACCGCACCCUGCCAUCACCGCUGUUCGUAUAUCCAGUGUACGGCGACGAAAAUGCCUAUUCCGCAACCCCGACCGCCAAAGAGGUUCAGCCGUGGGCUCCCAGCGCUGAUCCGACCUACGCUAAGGAGCAAGAUGAAGCUUACUACCUCAUGCACUACUACCUGCAGAAGUACAUUGAAUGCAGCUCGAAGCAGCAAUCAUACCUGCACCAGCAGCGCUAUCACCAGCAGAGCCACAUGACAGAAAGCUUUCACAAAAGUUAA